CAUGGCAGAGCUUCUCUUUGGAGAGUCCAAAUUAGAACAAUUCCUGAAGGAAAAUCCUCUUAAACAGGGCACUAGUCCCCAUGGUCCCUGGCCAAAACUGACUGAGGUUAGAAAACAUCUCACUGCAGCUCUCGACAGAGGAAACUUAAAGCCAGAAUUCUUACAAGAAGCCAACUUAACUAUGGCCAAGUUAAAUUAUGUGGAAGGUGACUACAAAGAAGCCCUUAACAUAUAUGCCAGGAUUGGAGUUGAUGACUUGCAACUAGUUGCUGUACCACCUUAUAGGCUGCGGAUGAUUGCUGAAGCAUAUUCUACCAAAGGUCUUUGUCUAGAGAAACUGCCAAUUUCCUCUUCAGCUAGUAACCUCCAUGUGGAUCGUGAACAAGACAUCAUUACCUGCUAUGAGAAGGCUGGAGAUAUUGCCCUUCUGUACCUUCAAGAGAUAGAACGGAUAAUAAAUACCAAUAUACAGAACAGAAGCCCUAAACCGGGGCCUACUACACAUGAACAGGAACUGAGUUUUUUCUUAGAAACAGGACUCCAAAGAGCACAUGUUUUGUAUUUCAAGAAUGGGAACUUGACAAGAGGAGUUGGUAGAUUCAGAGAGAUAUUAAGAGCUAUUGAAACGAGAACUACCCAAAAUCUGAGAAUGACGAUAGCCAGACAGUUAGCUGAAAUUCUGUUACGUGGCAUGUGUGAACAGAGUUAUUGGAAUCCGCUGCAAGACCCUCCUCAUCAAUCUCCUCUUGAUGAUCCACUCCGGAAAGGCUCAAACACUAAAAAUUAUGCACUCAGCAGAAGACCACGGGUGUACACUGGAGAAAAUAUUUUUUGUCCACAAGAAAAUACAGAAGAAGCCCUGUUGUUGCUGCUGAUUAGUGAAUCUAUGGCUAACCGUGAUGCAGUACUGAGUAGAAUACCUGAGCACAAAAAUGAUCGCGUAAUCAGUUUGCAAAGUGCAUCUGUGGUCUACGAUUUACUUACUAUUGCCUUGGGAAGAAGAGGUCAAUAUGAAAUGCUGUCAGAGUGUUUAGAAAGAGCCAUGAAGUUUGCAUUUGAAGAGUUCCAUCUUUGGUAUCAGUUUGCACUGUCAUUAAUGGCUGCAGGAAAAUCUGCUCGAGCUGUGAAAGUCUUAAAGGAAUGUAUACGCUUGAAACCAGAUGAUGCUACCAUACCACUCCUUGCUGCCAAACUGUGCAUGGGAUCUCUUCACUGGUUGGAAGAAGCAGAAAGAUUUGCCAAAACAGUUGUUGAUCUUGGAGACAAAACCUCAGAGUUCAAAGCAAAAGGCUACUUGGCCUUAGGACUGACUUACAGCUUGCAAGCCACUGAUGCAUCUUUGCGAGGUAUACAAGAGGUCCUGCAGAGAAAGGCUCUUCUUGCAUUUCAGAGAGCCCACAGUUUGUCUCCAACAGAUCAUCUGGCAGCAUUUUACCUGGCUCUGCAGCUUGCCAUAUCUAGACAGAUACCAGAAGCUUUGGGUUACGUUCGUCAGGCUCUUCAGCUUCAAGGAGAUGAUGCAAACUCUCUGCAUCUCCUUGCGCUCUUGCUCUCAGCCCAGAAACACUAUCAUGAUGCUUUGAAUAUUAUUGACAUGGCCUUGAGUGAAUAUCCGGAAAACUUUAUAUUAUUGUUUACAAAAGUCAAACUGGAAUCCCUGUGUAGAGGCCCAGAUGAAGCACUUCUUACCUGUAAACACAUGCUACAGAUUUGGAAAUCCUGUUACAAUCUCACUAACCCCAGUGAUUCUGGACGUGGGAGCAGUUUAUUAGACAGAGCUAUUGCUGAUAGACGACAGCUUAAUACUAUUACCUUACCAGACUUCAGUGACCCUGAAACAGGUUCAGUCCAUGCAACAUCAAUAGCAGCCUCCAGAGUGGAACAGGCACUGUCGGAGGUUGCUUCAUCUUUGCAGAGUAGUGCUCCUAAACAAGGUCCUCUGCAUCCUUGGAUGACUCUGGCUCAAAUCUGGCUCCAUGCAGCUGAAGUCUACAUAGGAAUUGGGAAACCUGCUGAAGCCACAGCAUGUACCCAGGAAGCAGCUAACCUCUUUCCAAUGUCGCAUAAUGUCCUUUACAUGAGAGGUCAAGUGGCUGAACUUCGUGGAAAUAUUGAUGAAGCCAAACGCUGGUAUGAAGAGGCCUUAUCAAUUAGUCCUACCCAUGUAAAAAGCAUGCAGAGACUGGCUCUGAUACUUCAUCAGGUAGGACGCUACAGUUUGGCGGAGAAGAUUCUCAGAGAUGCUGUCCAAGUGAAUUCUACAGCCCACGAGGUCUGGAACGGUCUCGGGGAGGUUCUGCAAGCUCAGGGCAAUGACGAUGCUGCAACCGAGUGCUUCCUGACAGCACUGGAGCUUGAAGCCAGCAGCCCCAUAGUCCCUUUUACCAUCAUUCCCAGAGUUCUCUAAGAGACGAUUAUCUCAAUACCAGUUCUUCAUGGUUCAGCGUCUAGACUUGGGGGUGAGGAAACAUGACAUCCUGGCGACAUGUCUGAUAAUGCAGGUUGGUUUGAAAAACUUCAGGUAAUGAACUUCACGCUCUGAUUAUUAUUGUGGGAAAACUGAUGGAACAGUGAAGUGAUGUGCUAUAUUAAUUUAGAAUGAAGGAAAAAACAACUAACCAAAAACAAAUUGCUUGUAUCACUUACCUUUUUGCCCCACGGUAGUUCUGAAACCUGCUUAUUGUUCAACUGGAUAACGUGCCAUAUUUUGUUAAGUGACAUCUGAGUGUUACGUAAAACUAUAACGGAACCAACCACCAAAUGUAAAAUAAUAUUUUCAAGUUAAAAUUCAGUGGCAAAGCAGCCUAUUUUUAACAAGCCUGUUAUGGAAACUUGUUCUCUCCUCCUCCUCCUCAACCUCUCUUGGCCCAAAGUCAAAAUGUGAAUUUUCUGUUUUCCAUCUCUAUUUUGGUCCAGGCCAGAAAAUCGUUUGAGUUCCUGUUUUUAGUUGUUAAUAACUGUGAUGUGUGGCUAAUUGUUAUCUUUAUUUAGAACAAAGAAUGAAGACAAGAAUAUUUAUAUUUUACCAAUGUAUGCCUGUUUCGAAGGAGAAAAUAUUAGUUAUUUAAGUUUAACUUUUUUAUGUGAAUUCAGAGUUUAUUUAUCGAUGGAAAUAUGUAAAAAGAAGCUUCAUAUGGAAUAUCUACCGACAUUCCUUAUACAUGACCCACACUUGGUUAAAUGGAAGAUUAUGUUAAUAAUAAAAUGAUUUUUAAAUGGAA